AUGGACGAAAGCUUUGAGCUCAACCUUUUCCAAGCUUGUGCUCAGGUUGGCAAAGAGCCAACCUUAGUUCACAAAGCUCAUGGCCAGGUUGGCGAGGAGCCGACCUCUACUUCGCCAUACCAAGCUCAUUGUCAGGUUGGCCAAGAACCCACCUCGUCAUACCAAGAUCAUGGCCACCUCGUCAUGCCAAGCUCAGGGCCAGGUGGUCAAGGAGAUGACCUCUACCUCGUCAUACCAAGCUCAUUGUUAGGUUGGCCAAGAACCCACCUCGUCAUGCCAAGAUCAUGGCCACCUCGUCAUGCCAAGCUCAUGGCCAAGUCGACAAGGAGCCGACCUCUACCUCGUCAUACCAAGCUCAUUGUCAGGUUGGCCAAGAACCCACCUCGUCAUGCCAAGAUCAUGGCCAGGUCGACAAUAAGCUGA